CACGACGUUACCGCACAUAUAUUUACUAGCAACGGCUGAACGUGUUUAAAUGACUCAUUGUCAAGGGAUCGUGGUUCAAACAUAAACCUCUUCAAUGUUCUUAUGCAUGGAAGCAGAUAUAACAGUCCAAUGAAGGUAAGAGUUGGAACCAUCAGCUGGGGCGCUUUUCCCAAGCCACCCAUCUAUCUACCUGUGUCCCCAAGGAGAACCAGUGAACCAGCAAUGCUCUACGUUGCCAGCCACCACAUCUCAAUGCCCAGGGAAUAAUCCCCUGCCAUUGACAUCUGAUUGCUUGAGGAAGGACUCUUAUAGCUAUUCUCGACUACCUGACUCAGAUCAAAAACAUCGAAAAUGGAGUCUUAGACCCCGAUUGAAGCAAGUUUUACGACCCGCAAGGCUGCGUCGCUUACCUUUUGAUAAUGCUGUUAGACCGCGAAACAAACAACUGAAACUGUAACGACGGCCUUUGA